CAAGGGCAUUAGAAGGAGAGGGAUCAAAUUCGAAAUCUGGUUCAAUCUUCGCGGCUGAUGUCCAGAUGGAAACACGAUGAUGAUCCAUGGCAGAAGAAGAAAUAUCGCAUCUUUAAUGCUACCGAGUUGGUUCUCCUUACCGACGCGGAGGUUCCACUCUCCGACGCCAUUGUCGGUGGCGUCCGCCUUGCAGGAAUACAUAAACUCGGACAACGCCGCCCCCGGCCAGAAGAUUCAUUCCUACAUUCUCAAGACCGGAUUCAAGUCCAACCUCAGUAUCUCCAUCAAGCUUCUCAUUUUAUACCUAAAAUCCUCCCGCCUUUCCUACGCACGCCAAGUGUUCGACGAAUUGCCUAGAAAAACUCUGUCCGCGUAUAACUACAUGGUUGCCGGAUACAUCAAGCACAGAUUUAUUGAAAAUUCGUUUUCUUUGGUGAGAGAAUUGUGCCGAACGAAUCAGAAGCCUGAUGCCUACACGUAUUCGAUGAUUCUGAAGGGUUCAGCAGGUUUAUGCUGUGAUCGAAUCGGGAGGCAGGUCCAUGCCCAAAUCAUUCGAUCUGAUUUUGAUGGUGAUGAUGAUGUGCUUUACACUGCCUUAGUCGAUAUGUAUGUGAAGAGUGGGAGAAUCGAGUCUGCAAGGAGAGUUUUUGAGCUAAUGUUGGAUCAGAAUGUGAUAUGUUCAACGUCCAUGAUCACCGGGUACAUGAAUCAGGCCCGUUUCGAUGAUGCCGAGUACGUAUUCGAAAAGACAUCGGAAAAAGACGUUGUGGUUUACAAUGCGAUGAUAGAAGGGUACAGCAAAUCGGUCGAGACGGCGAAGAAGGCGAUGGAGAUUUACGUCGAUAUGCAGCGCGUUGGCUUUAGGCCUACUGCGUCGACAUUUGCCAGCAUUACCGGGGCGUGUUCUCUGCUGUCGUCUUACGAAUUAGGCCAGCAGGUUCAAGGGCAGUUGUCGAAGACCAAUUCUUUUACCGACAUUAAGAUCGGCAGUGCCUUGAUAGAUAUGUACUCCAAAUGCGGGCGAACAGAGGAUGCGCGACUUAUAUUCGACUACAUGCCUAAGAAGAAUGUGUUUUCGUGGACUUCGAUGAUCGAUGGAUACGGGAAGAAUGGAAUGCCGGAAGAGUCGCUUGUGCUCUUUGAUGAAAUGGUGACUGUCUGCGGCACGAUGCCUAAUCACGUAACAUUCCUCGGCGCGCUCACCGCCUGUUCUCACGCCGGGUUGGUCGAUAAGGGCCAGGAGAUCUUCGAAAGCAUGGAAAGAAGUUACUCUCUGAAGCCGAAAAUGGAGCAUUACGCUUGUAUGGUCGAUCUUUUGGGGCGCGCCGGAAGUUUGAAUCGAGCGCUGGAAUUCGUAAUCCGAAUGCCGGAAAAGCCUAGCGCCGAUGUUUGGGCUGCUCUGCUCAGUUCUUGCAGACUACACGGCGAUGUCGAGCUGGCAAAGGUUGCUUCAAACGAGCUUUUUAAGUUAACCACCGAGUCUCGACCCGGUGCAUACGUCGCCUUAUCGAAUACAUUCGCCGAGGCCGGAAGAUGGGACAAUGUAAGUGAACUGAGGGACGUGAUGAAGGCAAGAGGAGUAUCGAAAGGCACCGGGUUCGCUUGGAUCGGGUCGAAUUUUGGAUUGGAAGCCUUUCACGCCGGGCAAUCGAUCUCUUUGUAAGAACUAUAUUGUCCGUGUCGGACUAAGUCUGCGCGGAUUUAUUUUCGAGUUUUAUUAGAAGAGAUGGUAACUUGUAAGUAAUAAUUUUUCUUUGUUUAUGUUUUCCAAGACAUUUCUUGUUUAUGCAUGUUCAAGUUGUAUUAAUUAAGAGCUAAAGUC